AUUAUUGUUAUUUUUUCAGUGCAUUUUUAUUAGUCUCAUAACAGCACAUAACAUAAAGUACAACACAUCGACUGAUUUAAGGAGAACUCGCAAUGGAGUUGCUAACACAACGAAGGGUCAUGGUUAGGGCAGGGAUCAAUUUAUUUUCAUUAUUCUUCCUUAUCCCUCUACUUCUUCAAUACUUGCUCACUAAAAGAUAGUGAGCAGUUUUUAUAUCCUUUUGCUCACCUUUAUCAGCAAGAAGAAGUUUAAAUAUAUAUAGAUAUAGAUAUACUAUGAUGUUAUGAGACUAAUGAAAAUGCACUGAAAAAAUAACAAUAAUAAAUUCUUAAGCAUUUCUCAUAAUAACUAUUUAUGUGUAGAAUAUAUUGUGAUAUAGAUUAUUCAGUGCCUGUUAUUCGAUAGUGCUGCACUAUACAUUAGUAGUACACACUGACUAAUUAGUUUUUUACAAUUUUUUUAAUUCUUUUAAUGCUUUGUUACUCUUUCAAAUCAGGUCGUGCCCUUAGCAAUUAUGGAGAUUUUAUUCACAUCUCCCCUCCUAAGCCAUACACUGACAUGGGUUACAGUGAUGGUUCCCUGAGUAAGAGAAUAUUGUCUUGGACACCGACGGAAUCAUUUCAAAUUCCUGAAAAUAAACGUUUAAAGAGAGGCAGAGAUAUGUCAGUGCCAGAUUUUCAAGAUUUUGUAUAUACUUCCUUAAUGCAAAUACAAGAUGCGCUAGGUUUAUCCAAUGUUUUUAAAAAGAAAACUCUAAACUUAAAUAACAUAUCUGAUGAGGAGAUCAAUUGUGUCAAGCCUGUUCAUCCACCUAACGAUGUUUACCUUGGCCAAAUUCCAAUGUGUACAGUCUCUCAGAUUAAAGACUUGGAUGAUAAACUUGAGAAUGAUACAUUUAAUAGUAAAUGGAAAAAGGCGCUAAUUAAGAAUUUUGGUGCAGAGUACCUCCGGGGACUAGGACAUAUGGCUGCUGGUCGCAAGAUCAUGGAGGCUUUGUUCAGUGAUGAUCUGCGCAUUAAUAUGUGUUAUACCGGAAGAGUUAGCGGUAGUGUCGCUCUUUUAAAGACAAGAAUCUGCCCAGCAAUCUUUGGUGUCAUGGCAAAAAUCGGGUUUUUGGACGAAGAACUCGUUAAGAAGUCAUUGCAGAAAUCUUUGUAUAAUGCAAACGACAAGAAUACUCAUUCUAAGUCGAAACAAAAAUAAAAAUGACAUUAAAUUAUUUUCAGCGUAUAACUUUCCAAAAUGUGAUAUUUAUGUUUA